AUGGUUCCAGACUCCGAAGAGGAUCGUACCGAGGCAAACUCUCCGCGCGAGCACGCAUGCAAAACGUUCCCGGACGUACUUUCCGCUGCCAUCUAUCUACGACACGCUACUGACACCUCACAGCUGUUAGUCAAGCAUGUCGGUGGUCUUUACUUGCCUUCGGAUAUUGAAGACCUUGUGGAACGGGCGGAGGUGUCGCAAUCAACGACUCGAGCGAAUGCAAGCAAGCAACUAGCGAGACUACGGGGUAGACGUGCAUCGCUGUUUCCUUGCCUCGGAUCUGAGUCCUCCGCUGUGUGA